AUGGAGUUUACUUUGAUGACAGCACGAAAGGGACACGGCUACACUACACACAUUGUUGCGCUGGUAUACACCACAAAGAUCUACUCCUCACUCAACAUCGAAGCGGUCAUUAUCGACCAAGGUAGGUACCGUGAGCGUAAUGCCCCAUCGCCAUCGUAG